AAGGUAGAAAGAUAUAAAGUAGUCCGUUCGAACAUUUUUCUCCGCGUCAAGUAGGCGCAGAGCAUUUCAUAGUGACAAAAACUAGUUCAUACAAUCUGGAAGCGUCAAGUCCACGAGAACUCCACUUGCACGUUGGGGAAUUCAGAACGCUCGACACAAACUAGGUAUUCUAAGGAACACAGAACUGCUAGCGAUUCUACAUUAAGUUAAUGAAUGAAGAACAGAUUUUGACAGCAAAAAUAUGAGUGACUCCAGCGAGAAAACAAUCAGUGAGUACGAAAAGGAUGCUUUUGAGGAAGAACCGAUUGAAGAAUAUGUCGAAGAAGAGGGACUUUUGAUCGCAAGUGAUAACAUGUCAGAGAUUUCAGAAGAACCUGAUAUUGGAAGCGUAGACGACUUCAAGGGAAGCAUUGAGGACCUAACGGCUUCAACAGCAGAUAUGCAGAUCUCUAGUAACACCCCAAGUGAUUUUAAUUCUGACGAUCACGCUCUACAUUUAGAUUUUAUCCGGGCGUCAACACCGAAGCUAGCUCAAAGUGGCAAAAAAACUAAAAAUGGGACACGUUACAACUUCAGCUUUAGCAACGAUCGAAUGCGUGAAAUCGAGAGACAUAAUCGUAUACUUUUACAAAAAAUUCUCUCGAAAGGCCAAAGUUGUAUACCAUCGACUAAUCAGCGUUACAAAUUAAAUACCCCAGCACCACCGCCACCACGAUUAUCGAGUGCGGCAAUUAAUCGGAAGAAACAACAACGCCAAAUCGAUUUAGAUAACCAAAUUCUAAAAUGCAAAAUAGAGCAAAUCGCUGCAAGACGACCUAGGAAGCAGCUCAGUUAACUUACUAACUUCUGUGUGAUAUUUAUUUGUGAGUAAAUUGUAUUUUAUAGUAAACUAAAUAAACGGAUUUCUACUUUUCUAUG